GUUUUAUGUUUUUACGGCAAUUUAAUUGACGGUUUUUGGAGCUUGACUGUUCUUUUAUGCGUCGUAUUUUUUGUUUAUCAGUGAAUGUUCGCUUCGCUCAAAUGCUGUACACAGACAGCAAAUAUCAGGUGCUUCGGGAAGAGAUGGUGAAGGCCAACACCAGAAACCUGGUGUACCACUGUCGCUCGGACAAGACCGACUGCGACGCAGCCCUGGCCAAGAUGCGCUAUAAGGCCAGCAAGCACUUUUACGCUCUCUCAAAGGCGGUGGUGGACUAUGUGAAGAACAAACGCCAAGCAAGGCCCACUGGAUACGUUGGCUCAGCGACAUUCUGCCAGGAAAACUCAUGCGUGACAGACACGGAUCCCCCCAUCGUGUUUGGGGGGUGCUACACACUGAUCUCGUGCGGAGGGAACCAGACCUGGCACCUCGACACUGUAGUCUACAAGAAAAAGAAGACCAGAUUCUACUAG